AUCAAUGCUAGUUCUUACAACAUUAAGCACUAGUAAAUAUAAAAAGUUAUACUUUCUCGCCAUUAAAUGAGUUUCCGGUUAGGUGGAUAACUUGGUAAUGAUGGAUACACCCCUUUUACCGUGAAGCAAGGAGAAGACAUUCAUAAUGAUUGGUGGGCUUUUUAUGUACAAUCAUAAAGGGGAGGUACUUAUCUCACGGGUCUUCAGAGAUGAUAUUGGACGAAAUGCAGUAGAUGCAUUUCGUGUCAAUGUCAUCCAUGCCCGACAGCAGGUACGCUCCCCUGUGACCAACAUUGCUCGAACCAGUUUUUUCCAUAUCAAGCGCUCUAACAUUUGGGUGGCUGCAGUCACAAAGCAAAAUGUAAAUGCUGCCAUGGUAUUUGAGUUUCUGCAUAAAAUGGUAGAAGUCAUGCAGGCAUACUUUGGAAAAAUCUCUGAGGACAACAUCAAAAAUAAUUUUGUCCUGAUUUAUGAAAUUCUUGAUGAAAUCUUAGACUUUGGGUAUCCACAAAAUACUGACACUGGAAUCCUUAAAACCUUUAUUACACAACAAGGAGUAAAGUCACAAACCAAAGAGGAGACUGCCCAAAUCACGUCACAAGUAACAGGCCAAAUAGGCUGGCGUCGAGAAGGUAUUAAGUACCGUCGUAAUGAGCUAUUCCUUGAUGUUCUGGAGUCUGUGAAUCUACUCAUGUCACCACAAGGACAAGUGCUGAGUGCACAUGUGGCAGGACGCAUUGUGAUGAAGAGUUACCUCAGUGGCAUGCCAGAAUGCAAAUUUGGGAUCAACGACAAAGUGCUGAUGGAGAGCAAAGGGAAAAGCAGCCUUGAUGAUUCCAGUCGUAUGGGAGGAGGCAGCACAGGAGGUAAAACAUCGAUUGCCAUUGAUGAUUGUCAGUUCCAUCAGUGUGUCAAGCUGAGCAAGUUUGAGACUGAGCAUAGCAUAAGCUUCAUCCCACCUGAUGGAGAGUUUGAACUUAUGAGAUAUCGCACUACUAAAGAUAUUAGCCUUCCUUUCCGUGUCAUACCACUUGUUCGUGAAGUUGGACGACAGAAGAUGGAGGUGAAAGUGGUGGUCAAGUCAAAUUUUAAACCAUCUCUUCUAGCUCAAAAGGUUGAGGUACGCAUUCCAACACCACUUAACACUAGUGGUGUUCAGGUAAUCUGCAUGAAGGGCAAGGCAAAGUACAAAGCGAGUGAAAAUGCCAUUGUUUGGAAAAUCAAGCGCAUGGGAGGCAUGAAGGAGUGUCAACUGAGUGCCGAGAUUGAACUGCUGAGCACAAAUGACAAGAAGAAGUGGACUCGACCACCAAUCUCGAUGAACUUUGAGGUUCCAUUUGCUCCAUCUGGCUUCAAAGUGCGCUACUUAAAGGUCUUUGAAUCCAAGAUGAAUUACAGUGAUCAUGAUGUGAUCAAGUGGGUACGCUACAUAGGUCGCAGUGGAUUGUAUGAGACAAGAUGUUAGCAUACAGACUGAUGUUCAUCAAGGGCUUACCCACGGGGCAUUUCAUCAGUCUAAUAGAACUGGUCAGAAUAUUUUCAUUCCAAAUCUGGUUUAUUGUAAAUGGAAGAAGCAUCUUUUUGUGGACCCAGGAGGAGAGUUAUGAAUUUUAAAUGAUUGGUAGUUUCAUACAUUUUCAGUUUGUGUCUAGUUUGUUAAGCAGUGAGAAGGUCUUCUAUUAAAAAAAUUCUGUGGGUGUGUUUCAAUUAUGGUAUAAUUUGUAAUAUGUAUGUGAUAUCAGUGAUGAAAAAGUAUAUAAAGGGAGCAUGCAUCACAUAGACAGCUUUGCCCAUAAUCUAGUGCAAUAAAACUAAAGGAUAUCGUGUGCUGAAGUAUCAUCUGCAAGGUGACUUAUGUACAGCUGGAAACAGUCUUGGAGAAGCAAUCUUGAAAAAGAAAUUGAACAAGGAGUAUUGAAGAACAAGAUGAAUCAAGAAUCAAGUCAUCUGCUUCUAACCUAGAAUGUAAUUGCCAAGCUGAAGUAGUGCAUGUUUGUGGGCCCCUAGUUCCUGAAGAUAUUGGCAUUUCCUUGAUAGUUUGAUGCUGAAGUAGAAGCUAACAACAAAAAAAUGUUACAUGUUCAAAAUCAUGUUACUUCUUGGCAUUGUUGUUUUCUUAUAUGACUAGCAUAGUUCUCUUCUUUCUCUAUGGUGUAGUGAUUCAGGUGGUUGUACUUCAGCGCUGAACAUGAUACAAGGACAUAUCUGUUUAGCAAAUUAGCAGUUGUGAAAAAGAAAAAGUGUAAAAACCUUCAACAGCAUGUGUGUUGUGAGUUAAUAGUGUAUGCAUUUGGUAUCAUUAUGCCCUGUAAUUUUAGUUAUCACUACGUUAGAUUGUUUAUAGCAUUUUAUCUAUUAUAGUGUAAAUUAAAAAAUGCCUUCUGUUGUACUUAGGGUUCGUGAAACUUGGACAAUCUUUUGAACAGAGUAGAGAAUCUGAAGAUCAACAAUUGCUUCUUGCAUUCAGAUCAUAUAAACAUAGAGAUGUUCCUGUUUGAAGCCUUGCUUGCUGUGUAUAAUUAAAAUAUGGCAUUUCAAAAAAUUCUUUUUUUUGUCUAUUGAAUAAGCCACACCUGAUGAAAACUUUUCACUCAGUCAGUUGUUAGAAGCAUGUCUGUUUUGUGGCCUCACCUACUCACCUCUGCAGUCAUCUCCUUUCUUUAGUUUUAGUCUUCCAAGCACUGUAAUGUACCAUUCUUUUCUAUUCUAUUGUUGGACUCGGAAGUGUUAACACGAAAACUUAUUAAAGACAUUGUAAUUACUUACUUUUUCAAAUUAGUAAACCUUUCAGAAAUAAAGAUUUGUGUGUCUAGCAUAUAA